GGCCGGGCGGGCGGGGUCGCACAAGGUGGCGGUCCCCGCGCCCAGGCGCCGCUAGGGCGGGCGGAGGGACGGGACGCCGGGCCGGGGGCGCGUCAUGUGGCUGCUCACGGUCCCGCCGCUGCUGCCGCUGCUGCUGCUGUGUUCAGGCCUCGCCGGACAGACCCUCUUCCAGAGCCCCGAGGAAGGCUGGCAGUUGUACACCUCGGCCCAGGCCCCUGACGGCAAAUGCAUCUGCACGGCCGUGAUCCCCGCGCAGAGCGCCUGCUCCCGCGACGGCCGGAGCCGGGAGCUGCGGCAGCUGAUGGAGAAGGUCCAGAACGUCUCCCAGUCCAUGGAGGUCCUUGAGCUGCGGACGUACCGUGACCUCCAGUAUGUGCGCAGCAUGGAGACCCUCAUGCGAAGCCUGGACGCACGACUCCGGGCGGCCGACGGGUCCCUGUCAGCCAAGAGCUUCCAGGAGCUGAAGGACAGGAUGUCGGAGCUGCUGCCCCUGAGCUCCGUGCUGGAGCAGUACAAGGCGGACACGCAGACCAUCGUGCGCCUGCGGGAAGAAGUGCGGAAUCUCUCCGGCAGCCUUGCGGCCAUCCAGGAGGAGAUGGGCGCCUACGGGUACGAGGACCUGCAGCAGCGGGUGAUGGCCCUGGAGGCCCGGCUCCACGCCUGCGCCCAGAAGCUGGGCUGUGGGAAGCUGACUGGUGUCAGUAACCCUAUCACCAUUCGGGCCAUGGGAUCCCGCUUCGGCUCCUGGAUGACGGACACAAUGGCCCCCAGUGCGGACAGCCGGGUCUGGUACAUGGACGGCUACUACAAGGGCCGGCGGGUCCUGGAGUUCCGCACGCUGGGCGACUUCAUCAAAGGCCAGAACUUUAUCCAGCACCUGCUGCCCCAGCCGUGGGCCGGCACAGGCCACGUGGUGUACAACGGCUCCCUCUUCUACAACAAGUACCAGAGCAACGUGGUGGUCAAGUACCACUUCCGCUCGCGCUCCGUGCUGGUGCAGAGGAGCCUCCCGGGGGCCGGCUACAACAACACCUUCCCCUACUCCUGGGGCGGCUUCUCGGACAUGGACUUCAUGGUGGACGAGAGCGGGCUCUGGGCCGUCUACACCACCAACCAGAACGCGGGCAACAUCGUGGUCAGCCGGCUGGACCCGCACACCCUCGAGGUGGUGCGGUCCUGGGACACCGGCUACCCCAAGCGCAGCGCCGGCGAGGCCUUCAUGAUCUGUGGCGUGCUCUACGUGACCAACUCCCACCUGGCUGGGGCCAAGGUCUACUUCGCCUACUUCACCAACACGUCCAGUUACGAGUACACGGACGUGCCUUUCCACAACCAGUACUCCCACAUCUCCAUGCUGGAUUACAACCCCCGGGAGCGGGCCCUCUACACCUGGAACAACGGCCACCAGGUGCUCUACAAUGUCACCCUCUUCCACGUCAUCAGCACCGCCGGGGACCCUUAGGGGCCGCGUGGCUCAGGCUGCCACACGAGGGCUGGGCCAUGUCCCUUACUCUUUGUCUCCGUCCUGCCCUCGCUCUCCCCCCUCCUGUACGGUUUUUUUCUCUCCCUCCCUCUUGGCCGGGGUUUCAUUCUCUGCCUCUCUGUUCCUAUGAGUGCAUUCUCUCUCUGUGUGUGUGCCUUUUCUCCUUUGUUGGUCUGGAACUUUCAUCCCUGACUCUUUCUGCCUUUUUAUUAAUGUCCCCUCUGUUUCUUUCUUUUCAUUGAUCCCCCGACUCUCCGGUUCUUUCCCUGUCUGCCUCUCUCUCUCUCUCCCCUCCUUCCCCUCCCUCCUUGCUUCCCACCCAUUCUGCAUCCCCUCACUCCACGCCCCUGCCUCCCCCUCCCCCCAAGGAGUUGAGUGCAUGGAUCGGUUUCUUUUUUAUUUACGCUCGUUCUUUCCGCGUUGCUGGAAUAAACGGGACCUUUGACAUUUGA